AUGGCGCUCAAAUUCAUCCGGCAGCUGUAUUCGCUCGACACCCUCGACACUCGCUUCUUUGUACCAUCCAACGCACCCCCGAAGGAGGCACUCGAGAAUGCCAAAGUCGAUCCAGCAGGCCCCGUGCCCGUGAAGGACGGAAGAGAGGGUGGCAGACGGGCAGAGAACAGCUUCCAGCCGGCGCGAUGGCAUACGGCCGAGUUCUAUUUCUACUACGUGGCCAUUUCAACUUGCGUCUUCUUCAUGUGCAAAGCGGUGCUGGAUGUAUCUCAGACAUCACAUCCAAACUACCCCAAAUUCGAACAUCUGCUUUCCGAAGGCUGGAUACCUGGGCGGAAAGACAAUUCUGAUGCCCAGUAUUCCGGCUUCCGCCAAAACAUUCCCUACUUGUUUCUCGUGGUACUGCUUCAUCCAGUUCUGCGCAAAACAUACGAUUCUUUCUGGCGAGCCGGUACUUACACUCAGGUAUCAUCGUCAGCAAGCAAUGGCCUUACCAUGGGUCUUACGCCAUCCGCUGCUGCCGACGCCCGGAUGCAUCAACGUAUAUCGUUUGACUUGGGUUUCGCCGUAAUAUUCCUUGCUGCCCUGCAUGGCUUCUCGACAUUCAAGAUUGUCGCCAUCGUGUAUACCAACUACUGCAUCGGAAAAAAGCUUCCUCGGCAGUAUAUCCCGGCCGCAACAUGGAUUUUCAACAUAGGCAUCUUGUUUGCAAACGAGUUUGGUCGAGGAUACUCAUAUGAAACUAUCUUGGGCACGUUUCUCCCGUCCACUGUCUCAGAAAAAGGCGAGCCACGGUCCAACUUUGGCCACACGCUCGACAACUACGGCGGCUUGAUCCCGCGCUGGGAGGUGCUCUUCAACUUUACGAUACUGCGGCUCAUAAGCUUCAACCUAGACUAUUACUGGUCUCUUGAGUCCCAAGGCAGCAACCCGCUGGAAAAGAAGCAACUCGACCCCUCGAACCUCUCCGAGCGCGAUCGGGUAUCCAUCCCUGCCAAACCUGAUGAUUUCAACUUUCGCAACUUCUUUGCCUACGCCACUUACUCACCACUCUACUUGGCUGGCCCUAUCGUGACAUUCAACGACUACAUGGCGCAAUGCCGCUACCGGCCUCACAGCAUCACCUCCCAGCGUACAAUUCUUUACCUAAUUCGCUUCAUCGUCGUCUUGCUUACCAUGGAAAUCAUGAUCCACUACAUGUACAUGGUUGCCAUCUUCCACGAGAAGCCCGACUGGUCUCAGUACACGCCCUGCCAGCUCAGCAUGCUGGGCUUCUUCAACCUCAAACACAUUUGGCUAAAGCUACUCAUACCAUGGCGCUUCUUCCGCCUCUGGUCGCUGAUGGACGGCAUUGAUCCACCAGAGAACAUGGUGCGCUGCAUGUCUGACAACUAUUCCGUCAUGCACUUUUGGCGCGGAUGGCACCGCAGCUUCAACAAGUGGAGUCUGAGGUAUCUCUACAUUCCUCUUGGCGGUAGCAAGGGGGAGGGCCUUCUUGGUAAGGCAAGGUCAGUGGGGAACUACCUUGCUGUAUUUACAUUUAUUGCCAUCUGGCACGACAUCCAGCUGCGACUGCUCAUGUGGGGGUGGCUCGUGACGCUCUUUGUCCUCCCCGAGAUUAUCGCUUCCUACAUCUUUCCCGCGAGGAAGUGGAAGGACAGUCCCGAUGCGUACCGCUGGCUCUGUGGACUGGGUGCCGUCGGCGAGAUUCUGAUGCUCAUGGUGGCCAAUUUGGUUGGCUUUGCACUCGGGCUCGAUGGGCUGAAAGAGCUGCUCAGCGGUAUCAUGGGGUCGUGGUCUGGCUGGAGUUUCCUGGCGAUAGCUUGCAGUGCACUGUUUAUGGCAACGCAGCUCAUGUUUGAGUGGCGCGAAGACGAGAAAAAGAGGGGGGUAAAUAUGAAGUGCUAGGGCUGUGACGGGAGAGAGCGGAAUAUGUUAAGCAGUAUCUCAUGUAUGACGUGUAGCAUUGUAGUGUAUAAGACUAUCUAUCAACUAC